ACUCUUUCUAAAAGAAUACGAGAAUCGAAAUCUAAUUUAAAGACUGCCGUCUCUCAGUCGCCACUCGAAUUGCCACGUUAAACCCAGUGGCGGCUGAAAGCCGUCACUCGAGUGCAAAGGGUUAAGAUAGUUAAAAGAGCGGUGCGUAAACGUUUACCUCACGACGAACUUCAGAUACGUGCAUUGUCCGAAGCAUGAGAGUAUUCCAUUUUCAAAAAUGCACCACGAACAUUCCAGAACUUGUUAAAUUUCUUUACUGCUCUCGUCACAUAAAUGUUCGAAACGUUAAACAUGCUUUGAAGUAAUUGUAAAAAUGGGAUACAAACGUACUGUUUACAAAUAAUAAUUAAGAACGUACCGAAUUUUAUGUAUUCUUCUCGCGAAACGUUGAACUCGAACUCUCCUAUAUUCCAAACGAUUUCUACGCAUUGUGACCACAAUUACUGUAUUCACGAAUUGAAUUUUAUGAAUUGUUGAUAUGUACAGUUAUCGUUUCGUUCGAUUUCUUGCAAGCAAUGCAGUAGAAUGUACAAAGUUAAAGGAGAAAUACGCACAUUGAUAUCGUUCAACUAUUUAAGGAUAUUUUUUUAAACGUGUAUUUGCAUUCUUGGCGAGAUGUACGUGUGCGAAAAGAAAGAAAAUUUCUGAUGAGUUUGAAUGGGUUAUCGGUUGCACGGCCGACACACCGAUAACAUUAAACGCGAUCGAUUUACGUGAUUUUGAAGAAUUGGGAUACAUUUACGAUUAUACAAAACGAAACCACGAAUAUUAUAACGGAAGUUCACGACACGAAUCGAGCAUUGUUUUUUCCUGAAUUGCAGUUACGUUCAACGAGACUCGGAACUUUUCACGAUGGAAGAGUUCGUUUAAUCUGCCAGAGAAUAACAAAUUUCACCGUAACGGCUAAUUUGCAAGCGUGUAAAUUCAAGCGACAAAUGUUAUUCGAGAUAUAGAGUUAUUAGUCCAUUUUUCUGCGAAAUCACGGCAAUAAUACAAAUGUGAAAACAACUCGUGUUAUCUUACGAAUUUAAGAUUAACCGUUCGCCGUCGUAGCCGCUUAAUCCUUGGACCGGAAUAUCGGUAAAACCUCGAAAAUUCCAGCUACGUGCACAGUGUACGAAAUUAUGAUUGAUCACCUUCCAUUAUAAUUUGAAUAAAAUCGGUGCACGUAUUGAAAAUAACAGUCGUAUUUUCAAAAAGAUGGAAAUGUAUUCACGGUCCAACAAUUAAUCACGGCUAUUGUUAAGUCGAUAUUUCGCUCGUGGAAUAUACGUACUUUGAAAUUGGCAAUCAAAAAUGGCCGGUAAAGUAACAAAGACGUUCAGCGAACGUCAUUCAUCUCCGGCGUGCGAGCACGUCGGUGAAUUAAUUUAUGUUAAUCCACGUGUAUCUCGUGACGCGCGUACGUAUAUAAAUAUCGCGUCUCGCUCCUUUACACUGUACACGAUGAGCACCGAAAUAUACAUAAAACUGAACGUUACGCUGCAAGCCGGGUAUAAAAUAAAUGCAAAUAAUAUGCAUACACGGAUGCGCCUUACGAGCAUUGUCUGACGCCACUCGUCAGUUCAGAAUUUCGUAGUCUAUCGGCGACAACGGAUUUCGUAUCGUACUGUCAAUUGCGAUGGGGUGAUCGUUAAAAAUCGUCCAAGGAAUCGUUAGACUGUAGCGGUGACUAUGUCCGAUAAUAAUUAGAGACUGACUCCGUCGAUCCUCAAGGGAGUAUUCUCAUUGGUCAACGGGAACGAAAAGGCGUGUCUGGUGGGGAGUACACCACCAACAAAGUGUGUUUCUCUAAGCGGCACCGGUAGAAUAGUAGACUAGUUAGCAUUAAAUAAUUUGCUAAUUAGCUGUCGAGGCACGCCGUCGAAAACACGAAAUUCGGAGAGGAACGGCAAACAAUCAUGGGGAAACAGAACAGCAAACUGAAACCGGAAGUACUAGAGGAUCUCAAACAGAAUACUGAAUUUUCAGAUGCUGAAAUUCAAGAAUGGUACAAAGGGUUUCUGAAGGACUGUCCGAGUGGACAUCUCAGUGUAGAAGAAUUUAAGAAGAUAUACGGAAACUUCUUCCCUUAUGGUGACGCUUCAAAGUUCGCAGAGCACGUGUUCAGGACGUUCGACGCAAACGGCGAUGGAACAAUCGAUUUUCGAGAGUUCUUGUGCGCUCUGAGUGUAACGUCUCACGGCAAAUUGGAGCAGAAAUUGAAAUGGGCCUUCAGCAUGUAUGACCUUGACGGUAACGGCUAUAUCUCGCGACAAGAAAUGAUGGAAAUCGUUACAGCAAUCUACAAAAUGGUAGGUUCCGUGAUGAAAAUGCCAGAGGAUGAGUCCACGCCCGAAAAAAGAACCGAUAAGAUAUUCCUCCAGAUGGACAAAAAUAAGGAUGGCAAAUUAUCGCUCGACGAGUUCAUAGAGGGUGCAAAGAACGAUCCCUCUAUUGUGCGACUGUUGCAGUGCGAUCCUAGUGCACAAGCUCAGUGAAGCCUUGGGCCAUUAUGCAAAUAUUAUCGUGUCAUCCAGAUACGUGAGUCGGGACCCGGUCCGAUAGUGUCCCACAUACAAACAUUACGAUCGCAACGCAGUAUACGUUAGAAGAUAUUCGUUGGGAAACUUAUCAAGCAAAAGUUCUUUUUUUUUUUUUCUUUUUUAAUUACUUUGGUUAUGUCUGAUGUAAAAGUUCGUUACUCGUUGUACAAUAUUGUCCUUACUGUUUCAUAAUAUUUAACUCUCUUCUAUUCUUUUUGUGUGUGUAUCGACUUUCUUUCCAUGUGAUUGAUUGUAUGAUAAUCAAAUUUUUAUCGUCAAGAAGUGAAAGUAAGUAUUAAACGUUUUGACGGAUUUUCAUGGGAAAAAUCGUUACGAACGUGAACACGUUGCUCGAAAACCUAGGUGAUAGUAGAACAAAAAGAAAAACAGGGGGACGGGGGGGCAUUCAGAAAUUGGACCGGUACCCGAUCAGGUCCAGGGUCACUGGGCCCAUUGCGCUUGCGCAUACCGCAAGCUAGUCUCCAAGACUAGUCCAGUCGCUUCGUUUCGUGAACGGAUCGAUUUUAAACGAAUAAAAAAAAAAAAAAGCUUAUUACGUUUUCGGAUGUACGAAUCCCCGUGUGCUGCGUACGACGAAUGACCUGGCAGAGGUGUCCACACUCUGAUAAUCGAGAAGAAAAUAUUUCGGUUCGUAGUUAGGACCAAGAAUGUGCUUCAUCCGACGUUACCUCAAUGCUAUCGAUGACAUUGAUGCCAUGGAGUAGCACUCGUGUUCCAGUUGUUCGGUUAAAAAAUGCGAUAAUUAGCGGAAUUCUAGUGUUCUGUGUUCUUGUGCUGCUGUCCAUCGUUUCGUGGAGCAUCUUCACAACUUUCGUUACGAAAGUUCAGCUUUAACGGACAAUAGUAUUAACAUAAGUUCAAUUACCGUUUACUUGUGGCACGAUCGUGCGAUAACCGUCUUUGCUGUACAUCCUCAAUUAUGCUUACAAAUAACGAGUUCAUCAACACACUUCUGACGAGUAGUGGUCUUUAGCGUAAGUCUCCGCCAUACGCAGCUCAAAGGCAAAUUAAUUUCUAAAUGCGUCGUAUGGUUUUUGUAAGCUGUUGUGUCCAAUAUAUCUUUCUCCUAUUCGAUAGUCGCGUACUUUGGACCACCGCAGUUAUCCGUAAUGCAUACCUUAAUACUUUCACGUCUGCGCGUUUCACGCCGUUGCCCUUGGCAUAAAACAUAAAACGACAUAAAAAUUAUUUUAACUUUUAAUUCGAUCCACAGUUUGAUAUAAAAUUAUAUAUAAAUAAAUAUGAUUUAAAGAAGUUAUUACAAAAAUGUAUUCGAACACUAUUUAUUUCAUAACUCUAAAGCAGUGAUUCCCAAAGUGGGCGCCACCGCCCCCUGGUGGGUGCUGCAGGGAUUCAGGGGGGCGUUGAUGGCCAAUAUGGGCUGUAAUUCGAAAGUUCUUAAUUGCAUUUCCUUCGUCAUAUUUAGUGGAACGUAGGUUCAAUGCGGUAACGAAUUUAUUAACAAAGAAACAGAAAUCAAAUGCAAAUAGUAAAUCGUGGUGAUUUAAGAUUACUGCUGACGAAAAUAGAGCCGAAGAUUACUAAGUUGUUAGCAGCACACUAGGUUCAUCCUUCUCAUUAAGAUGAUUUCGAAUGUUUUAAUUUCUUUUUGUAUUACAUUCUAUUCCGAGUUCAAUAAAUAGUUUCAUAAUUUCAAAGUUCAAUGUUUCUAAUGUACACCUUUCUGUACUAUAUUUUACAUAUUUCCUAUUAAUUGCUAUUAAAAUUAACAAAAAAUUAAUUUCCAGGAAGCGCUAAGUAAUAUUUUUUCUGAAAAGGGGACGGUAGGACAAAAAAGUUUGGGAACCACUGCUCCAAAGCAUUUACUUACUAGUCUUCUCUGAAGUAUAAAACUUUUCUAUUUCGAUUUAAUUCUGUAUUUAAUAUUUGUUUUGUUUUUUUUUUUUUUUUUUUUAUAUGACAACAUGCAAAACAGUCUCCUAAAUGUAACACAUCGUAUCUGCAAUUUUUCUUACCUUAUAUAUGAAUAAUAUGUACAUUGUCUUCUUUUACGUUUAUCAGUUGAGAAAAUUAGAGCCAAUUGAUGCUGUUUCAAAUUUCCAAAAAGUCUUUGAAGUCUCCCUCAUGACGCCACGUUGGUGUCGACGAACGGCAAAGUGCUAACAAGCAUACACAGUCAAUCGUAUUUACGAAAAACUUACGUAUGGAUGUAGAUACCUCCUUCCAUGUUAAUUUGAAUAAAACUAAAAAACACUUCCAAUUAUAUUUAGUUUAACAUUUGAUUUCUACAAGCAUCAUACUAAUAAUAUCAAAUUACAAGUAAAAUUCGACAAUUAAUAUUACUACAUUUAUGUAGAUUAUUAAAAGGAAAAAUGAUAUGAAAAUAUUACGAUUGUACAGAAGUGUGCAGUGAGUCCUUGAGUUACGCGAUUGCGCCCCCCACUUAUGCCUUUAUACAUAGUUUGUAUGUACGUACAUCAUAAUAUGUUAAAUAAAGUGUUCUUUUCUUCAAUUUUGCUUUUUAUAAAGAAAUUCACGUGGCUCUAUUUAACUUAAAUAAUCUUUUGAAUAUAAUGUUGUUUAUCAAAAGUAUAUAAUACUUAUACAAUUCUAUUCGUAUGGAAAACUCUGGCAUAAUCGCGUAAGUGGAGGAUUUAUUGUACAAAUUGUUAGAUAACUUAUAAAGAUCAAAGCCUUUAUUAUAUGUUAUUGUACAAAUUUACCCCGAAGCUCAAAGCCCAUUCUUAUAAAGAUAAUUCUUUCACUUCACUUUGGUGCUAGAUAAUCCAACCUAUGAAAUCAUCACAGGUAUAUGUAUAUUGGAUGGAAGUAACGGUUUUCACUUUGCAGCUAUCUUUGCAAACUCUCUCGUUGAUAUCCAAGACGUAAACGAUAACGUGUUCUCUAUGCGCGCAUUGUAAAAGCGUUAAAUAAGAUUACACUGCUUUCGAAGUAAGUUGAGGAAUCAGAUAGCGAAUUUAUGCUUUCACUGCGUACAUUUAUUAUCAAGACGGUAAUAUAUCGGUUAGUUCAAGUUGAAGGUGUUGCUUCAGUUUGCUAAAGUUUAAGUAUUAAACGUCUUUGCAAAUAAUAUGCAUUGAUAUCGUAUAAAAGUUGAUAGAAAUCGAUAGAUUCGCUACGGUGACCUCGCCUUGCUAGUAUAAAGAUAUCACUGUGAAAUCUAGUAUAAUAAAUACGCUACCCAUGUUUAAUUGGUAGCUCUCGCUCGUAUCUAGAACCUAUGACUGUGAUCACAUAAAUAGUGGAAUUAAAUAUUAAUCAUAGAGUAUUUAAAAUUUUCAAUUCAUCGAAGGAUUCAAAUGUAUUUGCACAUGUGUAUCGUGCUGAACUUUACGGUAAUAGAGUGCACAAGCUUGUUUUAGGCGAUAUUCUGCAAGUUUAUUCAGAUUGACAUUGUUAAAGGAGGACUAAGCACACGUGUUACAUGCAUUUGUAAGUUUUUCAACAUUCUAAUGAUCUACAUAUAUUGUUGUUAAGAUUUGCAGUCAGAUAGUUACGACAGCUCAUUGCAUGUGAGUAUCAAAUAAGAGGAACAUAUGCUUGGCAUAACAGUUACUUAUAAGGACAUAUAUUUCAUAUUAUACGCUGAUGCGCAUAAUACUCUUCGUAAUCCUGAUGAGAAGUUUUCAAUUGUUCAUUACGCGCUGUCAAAGAUCUACUAAUGAUCUAAUAAUUAUAAAAAGACUCAUUUUGAGUAACAUCUUACUACUUUAGCAACAAACUGAAGUAAUUAAUAGUCGUCCGAGUAGCAAAGGUCACCGGAAAAAUGAAUGAAAGAUCUGUUAGAAUUUAAACAAACAAUUAAUAGUUCAACUAAAACAAAAUCCUAACAUCGAGGACACAUUUCCUUAAAACAUUAUUUAAAGUAUAAUAGACAAACGUAAUUGCAAUGUAACCACUUAUUUCAUGGCGAUUUUACAAUGUUUUGAACGAUAAGGGCAUACUAAAAUUAAUUCUUACUAAUGAUCUUACUGUAAGUUUGUAUACUUUAUUGCCAUUUUUAUGGAUAUGAACUAACUCAAACGAUUGUCAAACAUUUCCACGAAACUACAUCUUUAAAUGUAAAAUUAAAUUAUACUCAUAAUGAUUGCAUGUAUUAAAUUUGACGUACCGUCAUAACAUAAUAACGAAUUUUAAAAAAUAUAAUUAACUUUUAAGGUGUUCACGAGUAUAUUUCCAUGGAGACAAGCAGCGAAGUAAUAAGCUAUAGCUUUAAAUAUUAAGAAAAACUUAUAAUUGUUAUUAGUGUGUUAGAACUACAAAAUUGGUACGUUUGAGUUGUCCGUCUCAAAAAGUUACAGUCCGAUGACCUUUGUUAUAAUCGCUUUAUUGAUACAUGUUAAUUUCCAUAAAAUAAAGGCAAUCUUCUGUCAAUCAUCUCGUAACAAACAAGCGAAAGAACGAAGUCUUCUCGUCGAUUCAAACGACCGAACUUAUUGAUAUAUCGGCUCGGUAGUUUUUAAACGGCUAGAAGCUUCAGAUUAAAAAAGAUUGUAAAAAUAAACUAAAAAAAAAAAAAGAGAAAAGAAGCGAGCAGGAGAAAAGAUAAAUGAGAGAAUAAAAUUCACACGCACGAACUAUUUUAGAGAUUUAUUUUUGCGAAUGCGUAUACGCGUGUAUGUCCGUGUACGAAUGUGCUAUGUGUGCGAUAAUGUAUCGUUAUAUGCGUCUACGCGUAUGCAUACGUGAGAAAGAGAUAGAAGUAGGGGGAAGGAGACAAAAAUAAGACAAAAAAACAAGCAAAAUACACAAAAUCUCCCGCCACCUGUUGUUCAAUUAGAAUUGGCUAUUUUAAUGCGUUCUUGCAUAUAUAUGUAUACAUAGCACUAUAAUUUUAUUACUUAUUCUAAGGGUAAGGGCGCGAUAAUAUUGCAGUUUCUGCCUGUGCAAAAAAAGAAAGAGAAAUACACGCAGCAGCAGAACAAACGUGUAACUUGUGAUUAAUGAUUUAAUUACAACACUAACAGCAAUAUCGACAACAUAGAUAACACAUAUAUAUUUCGAAAAAUAUGUAAAUUAAAACCAACAGUGAAACAAAAUUCGGAAGGCUUAUUAUUAAGGGAAUAGGACUUCCAUUAAAUGACUUCUUAUUUUACGUUUUUUAAUCAGUAUUUUACGUUUUUUUUUUGUUUUUUUUUUGUGGAUGUUCUUCAUUGUCUCUGUCAUUAUUUCCUCUGUCUAUCGCGUGAUAAUGAAUUGAUUCACGUUCCUUUAAAGUUUCACUACGCUUUCUGGUAUCACUAAUCAAACAUCUUUGCUACUUAAACACAAUUAUUGACAAGUGAUCAUUACGCUGGCAGUAUUGUAAGUAUUAUUUUACAGGAGGGCAACGUAUAAAAUACGUAUAAUAAAAUAUAUACGUAUAUUUGUAUCUAUGCCGAAAUCUAUUCUACUUUCUAAGAUAUGUAUCACCUGUUCACCUUAUGCUCAUUAACAAUUAAGGAUAAAGACCACAUAGUUAUAUCUUUAAUCCGUAUAGUCAUUGUAUAAACUAAAUAACCUUAUUGAAGUUAAUAUAUGAGAUUUUAAAACAACUUUGGGAUUUGCUGACUAUUUAAUAAGUAAGAAAAUAACAAGGUGCACGGAGUAUGUUAAUUGCAGAAAAAAAAUACAAUACAAAACGAUAACAAUUCCGUAAAAAAAUACAAAAAUAAAAUGAAGAGUAGAUCGAAAGUUCUAUUUAGAUGAGUUAGUAUUUAUAUUUAAAAAUUUUUAAUUUAACACUAGUGAAGUCAAAAUGUAAUUAUUAUACCUCAGAUUAAAAAGCAAUAAUGCGACAAAAGUAAACAUUGCAAUUAAAUUAGCACAACUUUAAAGAGUCAAUAACAUUGCAUAAUUUUUAUAAUUUGACAGGUGAAAUAUUUCAUGAUUUUUCAACCAUUUUUCUUACACUAUUAAUGUAAAAAAUGAGUCAUACUAAUUCCUCCAGACAUAAGUGGCAUUAGCCAAUUAAUAUUUAAAGAGAAUGAACCGUUAAGUGAUGAAAAAGAAAAUUAAUUCAUUAAGAGGUCAACAAAAUAUUAUAUGACAAACAAUUUUUAUAACUUUCUCUUGCCAUUGCAAUCCUUUUCAAUUUAUUUAUGAAAAAAUUGUUUUAAAGUUGUACGUUAAGAGAAAUAUUAUUGGUAAUUUAUAGUUACUUUGAAUUACUGUUCAUGUUACAAGAAAUACAGAAAAACAUUAAUAAUUAUAUGCAAGUUUUCAAAUGCACAAUUUUAUUAGACUUUUCAAAUAUUUUAAAAAAUCAGAGGCAUUAAGUAUGCAAAUAAUGUUACUUUGUCUGAACUCUAGUAAUGAACAACAACAAUAGAGAUGAAUAUAUUUGUAUGCAAAACUGUCGGAAAUAUGACAAAUAUAAAAAUACAGAAAUAAAUAUAUUAUUAUAUUAUAUAAUAAAUGUACAAGUCGAUAGAAGAGCAGAUAUAACAAAAAUGAUUAUUUUAAUGCUGACAUUUAACUGUCUAAUAAAUAGAUACAGAAAUAUGUAAUAAUUUGUGCAACCACCAUUAUUAAUAUUUGUAUACUACUGCUAUAUUUGUAUUUUUCUGUUCAUCAUUGUUAUGAGAUAUAAUUGCAAAAUAUAAGAUUUAGCAUACAAAAUUACUGUCUAAUGAAAUUAAGCAACGAUCUGUAUACGAUACGCUACUCGAGAAUUUCUAUGCUUUUGCCAAUUUUAAAUAGCCAAAGCUGUCAUGUUGUAAAAAAGAAAGUACUUUUAGAACUACUCGACAGUUGAAAGUAAAAAUUAAAAAAUAAGUUAAAAGAUCACAAUAAGACUUUUGCAAAUGAACCGUCGUUUAAAAAAAAAAGUAAAAAUCCAUCAAACAUACAUGUCCCUGAUUGAUAAUUAAUGUAGCAAAUCUUGUUGUAAACCUACUUAGGAUAGGUUUAUGAAAAAUUAUUGUUGUAGAAAUUGUUAAAAAUGUUACCCAUGUUGUUGCACAUGUAACUGCUUUCUGCACACUACUAAUAUGAUAGUUUCUCAUUGAUGCUAUUUGUCAACAUAAACAAGAGAGACAUGGUUUGUAAUCACAUUUUUUAUAGCAAUUUUUGUCAAGCACAUGUGUACUUAAUGGAUUUCCAAAGUGUUUUUGGAAAACGAACGUUUAUGUGCAAAAAUUUUAUUUUAUACUUUUCACUUAUCAUUUCAUGAAGAAUCACCUUCUUCGCAGUUAAGUCACCGAUAACCGGUCAUCCUAUAAAUAGAAUAUCAAAUUCACAAUAAAUAUCGUAAAUAAUUGCAAACUAUUUAAAUUUUACAUACAGUAAAUUCUCGACUUACACGGUUCAUUAAUUUUUAACUUUUUUGUCAAUUAAAUCAAAUGGAAAUUAAAUUGAAUAAAUAUGAUGUAUCUGAACAGAAAGAAGGAAACCUCAAGGACUCACUGUACACUUAUGACGGACGAAAUUGCCGAAGGAGAAAGAAAAUUAGGAUCAUUAAUUAAUAAAUAUUUAAUUUGAUUAAAUACGGGACCUAUUCAAUUGGUCUUACUACAUAUGAAAAAAUAUUCACUGCAUUGAGUUAUUUGUUUUUCAAUCUGACUAUAUACAAUACCAAUACUUCUUAUUUAACCAAUAUAAUAGAUACAUCACUUGUGUUUGUUUAGCUACAUACAAUAAAUUUUGUCAUGUCUAAUUAAAUACAUGAACUAUUUCAUUUGGCAAACCACAGAUGGUCACUAUUUCAUUACCUAUCAAACAUCAUUCACAUCUCGAAUUACAUCAGUUACCAUUUAAUUUUCCAAUAAAUUAAAUAAAAACCUUCUCAUAAAAGUUCUUUGUGCUGCUGCGUGGCAUUGGAAUGUUUAUUGUAACAUAAGAAUCGCACUAACUAAUGAAUCGUAUGUCACAUAUUGUAGAUUGGAGAAAGAAUGGCAUUUGUACAAAUUCCUAAAUAUUGGAAUAUUGACAAGGGCAUCAGUAAAAAUGGCAUACUGUUCUUUAUUGCUCGUAUUUGUCCUAAUACUUCUUAAAUUAGAAAGUAUAAAGUUAGAAAUUCGGUGAAUUAUCAGAUGAGUUUCACUUCUACCAAUGAUACUUCACAAUAUACCUAUUAGCAAAAAGAACAUUUAUUAAUAAGAAAAAGUCCACAUAAUAACAACGCAGUAACUUUAAUGUAAAGAGACAGUGUUUUUAUCUAAACAAUUUUAACGAAAGUCAACACUUGUUGCAUAUUGAGAUCUAUCUAUAUUCAAUUAUCAUUUUUUGCCUAAGAUCCUAAUGUUUCUAAUUAGAAAUUCUUCUAUAGGAUAUUAAUUGUAUGACAAAUUACUAAAAUUUCUUGCACGAAGGUUUUACCACAGAAGAUUUACUUACAACAAAAUACAUUCGGUCUCAUCAAUGACACUAACAUUUUAUGCUUUAAAAUCUGCAUCUAUCCUCUGAAAUCUUUCAAUAACAAUUUCUAUAGUGGUCAGCAGAGUCGUAUAGUUUCAAAAUUAAAUAGUCUAUCUUAUUUGUACUUGUAAAUAUGUGAUUAUUUAAACAAUUUAUUUAUUUUACUUUAUAGAAGUUUAAAAUUUAAACAUGUUUUGCUUCCGUUUAAGUUAUUUAAAAGAAUGAAAUAAUCAUUCUUUUUGUCAAUCUUCUAUCUCACUGCAGAAAUAUGAGAGUAUGUACUCUGUGUCUGAAGCAAAAGUCAAUAGUAGUAACAGAAUGAACCGAUUUUACUAACAAAUAUACAUAUUAGUAUAAACAUUUAAAAAUAAUUAUGUGAAUAGUUCUAAGUUUCUCUUAUUUACUUCUGUAGGAAUAUUUGCUACACUCGUAAACUAUAAAAACGAAUGACGAUACUUCUUGUAGGACAAUUGACAAAGCUAAUUAAUAAAUUAUACGACUCAAAUUUUAACAAACGAGAAAGUUAAUAGGCGAAAUUCUUAAUAUGUAUAUCAUAAAAGUUGUUAUAAUCGUCUACCGGUGUUUUUCUCGUCGACUUUAAAAAUGUUAAAUGUUCCUCUAUUGACAUUGUGCUGUCUUUCCCUUUUGUGUCAGUGUCAUUUGUCCACUGUUAUUUUUUGUGAUUUUCUAUAAUCCUUGACGUUUUUGCAUGUUGACUAUCUUAAAAGUGAAUACCUUUCAUCUGUUUCCUCCAAGGCGAAUUUUAUCAUUAUUAAUUAUUAGUAAAUAUCUCAAGUUUUUUCUGCUCUCUAUAAUUUACCUGACAAAACUCCUUCUCUACAUGUAUCGUAAGAUGGUAAUUUAUUAUUAAUUCUACGUGUAUUUAUGUAUUUAUCGGUGCUAUAUGUGUAUACGAAAUACGAAGCGUGUACUGUCAAUAUUGCGUUCAUUGUAAUCAAUGAAAUUAUGUAUUUUGUCAAGCUUUCGCAUAACUACUUCUGAAUUCACAAUUCCUUAAAUUUCAAAUAUGAAAAUCUGCGGAAAAUCAAUUUAACAUGUAAAUUAAAUAAA